AUGGGUCAAAUGUUCGAUCGACAAGUUGCCGGGCCGACACUGCAUACUCAAAAACAAGUUACCAAAAUUUCCGAUAUAUCCCAAUUACCACCUGAACUAGCUUUGCAAAUUCUCAAAAAUUUAAAUGCAACUGAUCUAUGCCUUGCCUCGUGUGUUUGGCAAACAUUGGCUAACGAUGAAAUCCUUUGGCUCGGAUUAUGUAAAUCAAAUUGGGGCUAUGCAUCUGUAUACAAACGAGCUCGUGAUGAAGGUAUUUCAUUCCGAAGGAUUUAUUUACAACUUGACGAAGGUACAUUAAGAUUCAAUGCUGGACAGGGAUUGCAAUAUUUUCUUGAAAAUCGAUUAAUUGACGACGUAUGCGAAGAAAUAUGUCAAUUUUUUCAUAAUACAAGAAAAUUGCGGUCCGUAGAGAAACGUAAAUUAUUACAAACACGCCGUGACAUCUUGGAGCGUCUUGUUGAACUUCAAUCUUACGAAAAUCAAUUUCUACCCAAUGCUCUACGUCAAUUCUUUGCAAAACUUGAUGCACCUGAAGAUCGAAAUGAGUACCUAUCAAUUUUGAUCGAAAAUUUUUCCAAACGCUUUCAUGAAUGUAACAAAGACCUUGGCUUAUCGACUGAGACAAUCUACGUUUUAUGCUUUUCAUUGAUUCUUCUUUCAAUUGAUCUUACAUCACCACAUGUUAAAAAUAAAAUGUCAAAACGUGAAUUUAUUCGUAAUACACGUCGUGCCAUAAUUAAUGGAACAUUAAGUGACGAAUUAGCUGGCCACUUAUAUGAUAAUAUAUAUUUGAUUGGUCAUGUCGCGCGUUCAACCACCGCUGCAAAUUGA